GCCAAAGAGAAAGAGGGCCCCAACUUUUGAUGACAUUGCCUCAGUUGUUGAAAGGCUAGGUCUCUCACCAGAGGAAGUUACAGCAGCUAGCUACCAUCAGGAAAAUGGAUUAUUUUCUUUGAUAGUCAUUGAACUGGAAAGGUCUAACACCUUCAGCUAUCGCCGUCAACUCUACGAUGUAUGGAGUAAGGGAAGGAUGGCCAAUGCACAACCCCACUCCGUCUCCCAGAUUGCCCCUCCAAUCACUACCACAACAAGUAUACACCACACGCCUGCUGCCUUUAACACCAGCACAAGCAGCUGAAAUGAUUGAAACGGUUGAUCCCACUAAGGUAUCCCACCUUCCACCACUCCACCCCAAGCCUGGAGACAUUUUUCUGUUUGCAGGUAGUUCCUUGUCAUGUGAGGACUGGAAAGCGGACAAAAAAAAUGGAUUCAGAAGGGAUCCCACAACCUUCCUCGCCGUUCACCAAAACUAAGGGUGCGGUACUAUGCAGGAAAGGAAGAACCAGGGUUCCAAAAAAGGGAGUAUGAGUUGCUUCACCAGCCUGAUACUCCUGUGCUAAUUCACUACUUUGGUGAGGAGGCACACUCCAAUGUCCCCCACCCCCACGGCAACAGCCAACAGCAGCAAGCAAGAGAUUUCAUCCGAUCGGCUACCUCAAUCAUAGAUGAAAUGUCCCGGCGAAAGGCUGAAACACCUGGCAAAGUAUACUCAGACAUGACUAAUAACCCACCACCCCCCCCCCCAAAUGCAUCAUUCAUGCCAGUUUACCAACCUCGCAACUUGGCACAAGUAAAGAACACAAUUCGUCGAGCAAGGGACGUCACUGUUUUGGACCGGGACGAGUUGGUGGCAACACAUAUGAUGGGUGACAUUCUCCCCGGAUUUGUCACCCAUAUGGAGACUCGACCCGCAACCCUUCUGGUAGUGGCAGCACCAGAAAUGGUUGAAGAGGCCAAGGCAGUUAUUAAAAGCAAACACCAAGGGGCACACAUUUUUCACUAUGACCCCACGUUUGACCUCAGCAAUGUUUAUGUUUCACCCCUUGUUUUCCGUCAUGUUGCAUUUCAAGAGGCACCUGUCCUUCCCCUGGCAUUCCUCAUUCACACCACCCGGCACAUGGAAAAUCACAAACAGUUCUUUCGCACCAUCCUUUCAUUCCUUCCCCAACUAUCAACAGCAAUCUUCUGCACAGACCGUGAGGCGGCUAUUGAGGGAGCAAUCCAGUCUGUGCUGCCGCAAGCCAGGAUUGUCAAUUGCUGGAACCACAUCUCCAACAAUGUGAAGCACAAGAUGGGGUCAGAGGGUGCCGAAGCUGUGGCCGAUUACCAGCAGGCCAUCAAAGAGCUCUUGGCAACGAAAUCAAGGAGUGACUACGAAUGCACACUGGCGAGGGUGUGUCUUCACUGGAGCCCUGAUUUCAAGGCUUAUUUCCAUCAGUCGCUCUCUGAUGCCAUGGACAAGAGUGCACAAUACGUGCUCAACAGCUUGGGCAUCCAGUCAGAUGGAAUAACCAACAACUGCUCAGAGAGCUUCAAUGCUGUCCUCAAGGCAUUAGUUGGAUGGAAGACGGUCAGAGUAGAUAAAUUGGUUUAUCUACUCUACCAACUCCAAACCAAUGCCUUGAGGGAGGUGCUGCAGGGCUACUGUAAUCUAGGGAAUUUCCACCUGACCCCUGAGUGCCAUGAGCAAUUUUCCAGGCGAAUGCCCACCACCAGUUUCCCCUACCACAUGUCAGAGGAAGACAUGGUGUCUUUUGCUGAAGGCAUUCAGUCCUGUGUGGCACAAGAAGAGGUUGUCAUGGCAGAAACUGGAGUGGAGGCCUUAGCCAGGAUGAUUGUGGCAAAAGGACCAAGCACCAAAUCGUUCCUCUACCAGGGCUUCUCAGACGAGCAGCAUGUGGUUACUCUGUUGCCAACGGAGACGUGCUCCUGCUCUGCAUCUGACCGUGCCCAGAGGUGUGUCCACCGACUGGCAGCUGUACUGGCCAUUGGCGGAAGUGUGGACAGUCCUAUGCCAAUAAAGCUGAGGACAAGGCAUCUGGCCGCAAAACGCUCUGGCCAUAAGUGUGCCACCAAGGAGCAUGUCCAGACGGGCACCAAACAACAGGAAGAGCAAUCGACCGUUCAUCAACAGGGUGACCAAUUCCAAGUCUCUGUCUGAGAAACACCCCAGCAGGGAUGACGAAUUGGAGAAUAGAUUGCUUCACCUAUACAAUGUCGUCGGAUGGAGUGGACAGGGCAACCGCUCGAUUUUUGUUGGAGGGAUCCGUUGCCAUCCUGCACCUCCAUGACUUCCUUACAUUGAAGCCCAAUGAGUGGCUUAGUGGGGACGUAUGUUAAGCUCCCCCACAUGUUAUGGUUGAAUUGUAUGAAAUUUCCAUGCGUGCAGUUGGUAUAAAGUACAAUUAGAGUUGUUGACUGAGGUGACUAUUGCCUGAGCAUCAUGUGAACUUUGACCAACCAUAUGCCAUUCUGAUUUAGGUAAUUGACUUCUACCUCUAACUGAAGAGGGUUGACCUUCAAGUGGAGAGGGAUGUUUUUAUUGUGGAUCACAUUGUGACAGGGAUUAUCCUGCAUGGGGACAAGGUGGCGAUGCGCAAGAACACCUUGUCAAAGGUAAAGGCAUGUCCGCAGAGUUGCUUUUGUGUCAUGUUUCUAAAUAAGAGGCUAGACGGGUCAAUGUAGGGAGAGCUGCCACCUUCCUGACAAAAGAUUGCCUGGCACACCGUAUAGAUGUUUCUUCACUCCUAUUCCUGUAGACCAAUCUGGAGCAGCACAGUUGCUUGAUUGGUGUUUGCAACGUGGGAAACUACCACUGGAUACUCUUGGUAAGCUCUACAAGAUUGACCAUUUUAGUGAGAGAUUAGACAGUACUAUUCUUGAAUAUGUUAUGUUUGAGGCCAUUUUGAUAUACUGACUUGGAAUUACCGCUUGUGUUUGUUUAGUAUGUCAAUCGCAGGACCCACUCUGCCAUUGUCCUGGACCCUACUGGUUCCCCUAACACAGAGACCCAUAUGAGCGAGAACCUGGUGAAGCACAUCAGGUAUGGUCAAUCCAGGGGUGUAAAAAUAGUUUUUAGGGGUAUCUGUACCUUACAUUGGUAUUUACAUUUUUUUUACCACUAUUA